AUGGCGGAGGCCAACUUGGCACUUAACUUGGAGCAGGUAUUCCGCGAAAAUGAGAAGCUUGACGAGGUUCGGCGAUCGAGUGAAGCCCUGUUGAAGCAAGCAUCCCAGAACGGUGACAGCACUCUGCGAGUGCUUGGCCUUUGCAAGGCUGCACAGGCUGACCUCAUGGAUCCCGCGCAUGGUUCCAGAAUAGCUGCCCUUGAAAAGGUUAGAGAAGCGAAAGCGUUAGCAGAGGAGCACCUCCUUGCAGAAGGGGCAGCCGUUGUAAAGUAUUCAGCAGCAAGGAUUCACGCGAAAGACGGUGGCGAAGAUGGCUUGGACCAGGCUUUGGACCUCUGCUUUCAAGCCGUCGACGCCUUUCAUAAGCUCGGGCAAAGGAGGGCCGAGGCAUCAUCUAUGUUGAUGCUUGGAGAUAUCCACGGCCUCCUGCAGCAGCAGGAUGCUGCGAUGCGCCACUACAAAGAGGCGUUAGCCAUCUUCAAGGAGGUAGGUGAUCACAGCUUCUGCGGCUGCACGCGGCACAAGCUUUCCAAGGCCUACAUGAUGAAAGGUCAGUUCCUUAGAGCAGCCCCAGCUGCUCAGAGAGCCAUCGACAGCUACAAGGCUGCCGGCCAGAACGACCAGGCGCAGGGCGACUGCUGGAUCACCCUGGCAGAGGCCCAAAGCCAGGCAGCGGACAUUCCCAAAGUUCAGGAGUCCAUUGCGCAGGCUAGAACAAUCUUUGCCGACAUCCAGGAUGUUGCGUCCGAGGCUAAGGCCAUGGGCGUUCUAGUGAAGGCGUACAUGCAAAACGAUUCACCGGCGGAAGCGGUGGACGUCGCCAAGCAAGUGGUGACGCGAUUCCGUGAGGCUGGUGAUCACCACGGAGAAUGCCAGGCAUUGUUGUCCCUAGCCAAGCUCCUCCUGCCCUUGGACCCCGAGAAAGCAGAGAGGAUUGCUUCGGCCGCGAUGGACCUCAUGCGAGGCCUUGGCAUGAGCAAUCAGCUCGAAGAGUGCAAGGAUGUCAAGGCUCGGUGCGACCACGCGAAGGCAGCGGCCGAGGUUGAAGCGAAGAUCUGGAAACGCAGCGACUUCAUGCACGUGCCGAGAUCGCUUAUCGUCGAUCCUGGCUGCCGUGGGAGACUGCAAAACGAGUUCUUGGAGUUUGCCAAGGCAGCAUGA